CUCUGUUCUCUCUUCCUCUGCUGCUUGCUGGCUCGCGCAUGCCCUCCCUCCGUUGCCUCAUGCGGCUUGGCGAAAGGGAGAAAUAAAAAAGAUAGAGGGAUUGGGAAUAGACCAGAGAUUUAUUUUAGCGGUGAGUCCAAAGAGGCGUGGGAUGGAAAAGCAGACGGGUCCUUUGUGCAUAAACCCACAUCUUCUGAAUAAUCGGAAGGCCCCAGAGCUUUACUAUCUGAGAAUGCAGAGGAACAGAGAAAAGAUGGAGAGGAGAAAGACAGACGAGGACAAUCAGUGUAAGAGGAAGUUGAGGGUGUGUGUGGCAACAUGCAACAGAGCGGACUACUCCAAGCUGGCCCCCAUCAUGUUUGGGCUCAAAAGCCACCCUGACGAGUUUGAUCUGGAAGUUGUGGUGCUUGGCUCACAUCUCAUUGAUGAUUACGGGAACACUUUUCGUAUGAUCGAGCAGGAUGACUUUGACAUCGGCUCCAAGCUCCACACCAUUGUGAGAGGAGAGGAUGAGGCUGCCAUGGUGGAGAGUGUUGGGCUGGCACUUGUGAAACUCCCUGAUGUCCUACAGAGGCUGCACCCUGACAUCCUGGUCGUCCAUGGGGACCGUUUUGAUGCACUGGCCCUAGCAACUGCUGCAGCACUGAUGAACAUUAGAAUACUUCAUCUGGAGGGAGGAGAGGUCAGCGGUACAAUCGAUGACUCAAUUCGCCACGCCAUCAGUAAGCUAGCCCAUUACCAUGCCUGCUGCACACGCAGAGCAGAGCAGCACCUCAUAGCCAUGUGCGAGGACCACUCUCGCAUCCUGCUGGCCGGCUGCCCUUCAUAUGAUAAGCUGCUAUCAAAUAAUCACAGAGACGACUACAUGGAUAUCAUCAAGAGCUGGCUGGGUGACAAGGUGCAGGAGCGUGACUACAUCGUGGCUUUGCAGCACCCAGUUACCACUGACAUCCAGCACUCUAUUAAAAUCUAUGGGCUGAUGCUGGAUGCUCUGCUUUCUUUCAACAAAAAGACCCUCAUCCUCUUCCCUAACAUUGAUGCCGGAAGUAAGGAGAUGGUGCGUGUGAUGCGUAAGAAGGGCAUCGAGCAGCAUCCCAACUUCCGGGCAGUGAAGCACAUUCCCUUUGAGCAGUUCAUCCAGCUGGUGUGCCACGCCGGCUGCAUGAUCGGAAACAGCAGCUGUGGGGUACGAGAGGCCGGGGCCUUUGGCACGCCUGUCAUUAACCUGGGAACAAGGCAAACUGGAAGAGAAACAGGUGAAAAUGUCCUACAUGUCAGAGAUGCAGACACUCAUAAUAAGAUCUUCCACGCUCUGGAGCUGCAGUUUGGAAAGAGAUACCCCUGCUCUAAGAUUUAUGGCGAUGGCAACGCAGUGGCCCGUAUUCUCAAGUUUUUACGGACCAUUGACCUGGACGAGCCGCUCCAGAAGACUUUCUGUUUCCCCCGAGUGAAAGACUGCAUCUCCCAGGACAUUGAUCACAUCCUGGAGACACAGAGCGCUCUGGCUAUUGACCUGGGAGGGACCAACCUCAGGGUGGCAAUCGUCAGUAUGACGGGUAAAAUAGUAAAGAAAAAUACUCAGCCAAAUCCAAAGACCAUCGAGGCCAGGAUGCAGCUCAUAUUAAAGAUGUGUGCAGAUGCCAUGCGGGACGCUGUCUGCCUCAACUGUAGAAUUCUCGGUGUUGGAGUGUCCACGGGUGGACGUGUAAACCCACAAGAAGGCGUGGUCGUAAACUCCACAAAGCUGAUCCAGGAGUGGUCCUCAGUGGACCUGAGAACACCCAUCUCAGACGCCCUGCACCUACCUGUCUGGGUCGACAAUGAUGGCAACUGUGCUGCGUUGGCUGAGAGAAAGUUUGGUCAAGGCAAGGGGGUUGAGAACUUUGUCACUGUCAUCACAGGAACUGGUAUUGGAGGAGGGAUCAUCCAUAACAAUGAGCUGGUCCACGGCAGCACCUUCUGUGCUGCAGAGCUGGGCCACAUCAUGGUUUCACUGGAAGGCCCAGAGUGUCCGUGUGGCAGCAGAGGAUGCAUAGAGGCCUACUCAUCCGGCUUGGCCUUGCAGAAAGAGGCCAAAAGGCUGCAUGACGAGGACCUGCUGAAGGUGGAGGGGAUGGAUAUGAAGAUCACGGAGCAAAUCACCGCUGCCCACCUCAUCAACGCAGCCAGACUGGGGAACAGCAAAGCUCAGGCUGUUCUGCACAAAGCCUCCACAGCGCUAGGCGUGGGCAUGAUUAACAUCCUCCACAUAGUGAACCCCACACUGGUGAUUCUGUCCGGCAUCUUGGCCUCUUACUACGAGGCCCCAGUGCAGCAAGUCAUCUCUGAGAGAGCCCUCGACUGUGCCCAGAGCAUCAAGGUUAUCGCGUCAGAUUUGGAGGAACCGGCUUUGCUUGGAGCAGCUAGCAUGGUGUUGGACUAUGCAACCAGAAGGACAUACUGAAGGAUAUCAUCUUAUUUACCAAGGACUGCCACCAACAAGAGAACUGCAAACCUGACAGUAGUACUUGUACUGCCCAGAUAGAUAUACAGGCAUGUCUAAGGGAUACAUUUUAAAGGCUUGACAAUGAGUUCGAACCAUUGGGCUAGUGUUUAGCACGCUUGUUUUGCUUGUUAAUUACCUUGAUGAAGGCAGUUUUUCUUGUGGUUUCCACAAAAAUGCAAAUUCUCAAGCAUGUCAGAAUUAUGCCUUCACUUGGCCAGAUGAUGGUCAGUAAGUGGGUCCACUGCACAAUCCGGAAAUGUCAUCAGUCUUGUUUUUUUUAAAUUUAGGUCUACAUUU